CUUCCCGCCGCACAUGACCGAGCUGGACGCGCUCAAGGCACAACUGCGUGAAGCCAAGGAACGGCUCGCGACGCGGAAGCGACCAAAUCGUACGUAUGACGACAGCGCGAACUUGAAGGCACACCCCUCGAGAUUGUGGGACCUAAAGCUGCAGAUGGCCAUGGAACACAACUACGAACUCGAAAAGCGCCUCGCGUGGGAAAUCGAGACGCGCAACCUCGUCGAACAGUAUACGAGACAGCAGAUCCGACACCUCCAGGGUAUUCUCGAGAAGUUGCUGCGACAGCUACAGCACCAGCAAUCGCAGGGUUUGUCCGCGUCGACAGGUCCAAUCAAUUCGAAUGCUGGGCAGGGGUUCCCAUCUGCCACACACACGAACUCCUUGAGCCCGCUGCUCACUGAAGUGAUGCACGUUCAGCUCAAGUUUGCCGAAACGAUGCAGUCACUCAACCAGUCCGUGCAAACGCGAGAGAAUCUGCUCUUCUCUACUCCGCCACAUGCAACAUCGAGGCGAAGACGUCAUCGGGAACCUGAAGACGAUGACGCAGACUCGGACGGGGACGUCGAUGUGCUGCCCAGUCCCUCGUACACGACCUUCCUCGGCAAUAAGGGUACCCUUCCUAGUAUGCAUGACGCCUCCUUCUCGUCGCUGAACGGCCGAUCAUCCACGUCUCGGCCCACGACUUUCCAUUCGUCCUCCAACGACAACCACGCAGUGUCGUCAUCGCUUGCGUUCACGUCACCUUUGGCAGGUCCGGACAGCGCGACGCCCCAGACAGACGAUAGCAAGCGCUCCGUGCACUUCCUCGACACCACGCCGACUGUCGGCCGCGCCAUAUCCUUCAACGAUUGUCACGAUGACGACGACGACGACAAUCGUUCAACGCAAGAGCCAGCCAGGUCUACACCCUCGACCAAAGGCGUCAUGGACGAUACUCCAGCCGAUCCUCCUGGCGCGUUCGUUGAAGACAGCUCCAUCACAAGCUCCGCGCUCAAUCGAUCAUCGUUCCUCGAAGACUUCGACAACUUUCGGAACUCGCUCAAGAUGACGUCGACCGUCAGCGGCACCGGCGACAGGGCCGUCCUCCACGACACGUACACCACUCCUGGCAGCUUCCCAGAGUCCCCUGCGCUGUCGUUCACGAAGAAAGCGCAGUGGAGCUUGGAAGCUCAGCGCCUCUGCACCGAACGGGCACUGUUGCAGCUAGAAGGAACAGGCACCCCCACCCAAUUGUCACAACUUGAUGAUGCGAUUGCAUAUGCGCGAAGUCAAGUGGUCAAGUUUACAUCGUCGUAGGUAGAUGACGACGACUCGUUCUUGAAUCCAAGCGACUUUGAUGCAUGACAAA